AGUCUUUUGGCCUUCCUCCCGUGUUGGACAUUCAGCUUGAUACUGACAUAUCUUUAUUUAAGAUAAUUCCUGGUACGACAAAAGAAUUUAGUUUUAUUUUUGUUCCCGCACAGCACCCGCAGUGACGUCAGUCCAGAUUCUUUUUAGUACAUUAUACAACAAUACUUAACUUGAAUUUGAUACAGCAACAACAGAAUGGAGGAAACAAAGCGGAAACAAGAUCUUGAAGAUGAAAUGAGCAGGUUUGAACAAGAGAUAGCAGGAAACUUGCCUCCACCUCCGAAAAUGCCACGAAUGGAUUCACAACCACCUUUUAUGAUGCCUCCAUUUGGAAACAACAAGGACAUGCCUUUUCCAGGUCCACCUCCCAUGCCACCCAUGUUUGGUGCUCCACCAAUAGAUGGCAUGCCACCAAUGCCGCCGGGUAUGCCAAUGCCACCCGGUAUGCAAAUGCCACCAAUGAUGGUGCCACCUAGAAUGCCAAUUGUUCCUCCACGUAUACCUGGGAGUUUAGGUCGAAGUGGUAACUCUAGCAAAAAGAUUGCCCCUCCUACCGUCCCCUUAAGGAAUUAUGAUCCUGCGAUAGAGUUUGCUAACAGAGGAAUGUACGGUGGAGGGCCUGGACCAUCACGUGAUACGAAAAACCCGAAAGAAAAGAAAAAGACUGUCGUUCGAGUUGCUGGAGGCACUGUGUGGGAAGAUUCUACUCUUUUAGAGUGGGACCCAAAUGAUUUUCGCAUCUUUGUUGGAGAUCUUGGUAACGAAGUGUCUGACGAUGCUCUCCUUCGUGCAUUCUCCAGGUAUCCGUCUUUGCUGAAAGCAAAAAUAGUGCGAGACAAGAAAACGAAGAAGUCAAAAGGUUUCGGAUUCGUCAGUUUCAAGGAUCCUCAAGAUUAUCUCAAAGCGAUGCGAGAAAUGAAUGGGAAAUACGUUGGUAAUCGUCCCGUUAAACUACGCAAGAGCACGUGGAAGGAACGAAACGUGAAGGUAGCUAAAAAGAAGGAAAAAGAAAAGAAAAAGCUGGGGUUGAGAUAACGCCUAUAUGUGCGUACCUCCGAAUGACAUUGUGGAAAUGUUCCAGAUGUGUUGAAAGGGGAAUGGCUAUUAAUGUUGUUGUUUCGUUUAUCGUUGCUAUCCAAGUUCCGAUUCAUGUGAUUGUCGCAUGAAAAAAGCUGGGCCUGCCGAGAGCUCUUCAAAUAACAAUAGUGGAUGAAGAACAUAACCAGAAGUUGUUAUAUAAAAAUAAAUCACUAUAUAUUU